GCCUGCGAGACGACACGCCGCCGCCUAUCCCGCCAUGGGUCGACAGAAGGAGCUGGUGAACCGCUGCGGAGAGAUGCUCCACAUCCGCUACCGGCUGCUUCGCCAGGCGCUGGCCGAGUGCCUGGGGACCCUCAUCCUCGUGAUGUUUGGCUGUGGCUCUGUGGCCCAGGUGGUGCUCAGUCGGGGUACCCACGGUGGUUUCCUCACCAUCAAUCUGGCCUUUGGUUUUGCUGUUACCCUGGGCAUCCUGGUGGCUGGACAGGUGUCUGGGGCCCACCUCAACCCUGCUGUGACUUUUGCCAUGUGCUUCCUGGCACGCGAGCCCUGGAUCAAGCUGCCCAUCUACACACUGGCUCAGACACUGGCUGCCUUCUUGGGUGCUGGGAUCAUUUUUGGGCUGUACUAUGAUGCAAUCUGGAGCUUCGCCAACAAUGAACUUGUCGUCUCUGGCCCCAACGGCACAGCUGGCAUCUUUGCCACCUACCCCUCUGGACACUUGGACAUGGUCAAUGGCUUCUUUGACCAGUUCAUAGGCACGGCUGCUCUUAUUGUAUGCGUGCUGGCCAUCGUAGAUCCCUACAACAACCCUGUCCCUCGCGGCCUGGAAGCCUUCACCGUGGGCCUUGUGGUCCUGGUCAUUGGCACCUCCAUGGGCUUCACCUCCGGCUAUGCUGUCAACCCUGCUCGGGACUUUGGUCCCCGCCUUUUCACCGCUCUGGCUGGCUGGGGUUCAGAAGUGUUCACGACCGGCCGGCACUGGUGGUGGGUACCCAUUGUCUCCCCGCUCCUGGGCUCCAUCGCGGGCGUCUUUGUUUACCAGCUCAUGAUCAGGAGAACGUAA